AUGUUGGGUUCCAAUAUCCACCGAGAUCCAGCUCAAACAAGUAAAAAUCGAAGGGAAGAUCAAGUUGAAGGUACGAACGAUGGAGGAUACGGUUGGAUCAUCGUCAUUGUGGGCUUCUUCUGUACCCUCAUCCCUGAUGGCAUCCUUGUGGCGUUCGGUGGGUUCGUUAAUUCACUCAAGACAGAGUUCAACGUUGAUCCCUGGACCAUUGCUCUAGCACCUAGCGUGUCCAAUGGCGUGAAAUCACUCAUAGGAUUAGGCAUCACCAAUCUCAUGGAUCGCUCUGGGUUCCAAAAAGUGGCCAUGGGUGGAGGCAUACUACUCUCGGUUUCCAUGUUCAUCUGCAGCUUCUCACAGAACUUUAUUCCAUUCGUCAUAAGCUUCGGAGUCUUGGGCGGGAUUGGAACUGGGAUGGUGUGCUUGCCUUCCUCGGUUCUCAUUGGCCAUUUCUUUCGAGAGAGAAUCGCCUUGGCCACAACCAUUGCCCGCUUGGGGAGCCCCAUGGGAGGGCUUGUAUUGGCUCCUUUGGCGAAUUACUUAAUCGGCCUUGUAGGAUGGUGCAAUUCCUUUAUCGCACUAAGUGCCAUUUCUAUUGUCUGCCCUGUGCUUUGUCUUUUCUUGAGACCUCCACGUGACAAUGAGGGUGAUGCUCUUGCCAUGGAUGGUUGCCCAAGACUUAACAACAUCGACCGUCGCAAAAGCAACUUCUUGGACUUGCCCUUGACAACACUAUUGAUCAAUGAACCAGGAAGCCAAGACAAAUUAAAACAGAGAAGGCCAUCCAAUGUUUUUCUCAAUCUGGAUUCACUUUCAAAUACUUCGGUGGAUCGAUCACCAUCCGGCAUGGGAUGUACGUUGCAAGUUCCUAAUCGGGACGGAAGUAUCAGAAGAAGCGUGAAUAAACCUCGAAGAAAUUCGUUUAUCGCUGAGGAAGCGCAACAUCCGGUUUCCGACAUCAACGAAUCUCCUGAGGAUGAUCUCAAAAGGUGCUAGGAACCCAAAACUUCUAACGAAUCCCAAAUAGAUCCAAGCAAAGUGGACGAGGACAAGGUUUCCAAAUCGUCAGGCUACAGCCUCAACGAGGAUUUCAAGGAUAUUGUCAUUGACAUUAGCACCUUGCAAGUCAAAGAACCAACCCAUUGGAAAACCAUCAAGGAUGUGAUUGAAGUUCAUUUUAUCCGAGAUCCCGCUUUCUUCUUCUUUUGUCUUGCCAAUGGAUUAGGCAGCGCUUCGAGUUUCAUCCCUUUUCUUUUCCUCCAGGAUUACUUAAUGGAACAAAACCUUUCCAUGGGCUCGAGAGCCAUGAUCAUCGCUAUUAUUCAGCUUCACAAUGCUCUAGGUCGUUUGCCCUUGGGAUGGGUGGUAGAUUUGCCCUCCUCAAAUCCUUUGUUGAUCACCAUGAUUCUUUGGGGAAUGUCCGGAGUGGCUUGUCUUUGUUUUCCAUUUGAGACAUGCAUGGAACACUACGUCAUUUUGAGCGUCCUGGCGGGAAUCGGGAACACGGCUGUUUCCAUUCAAAGCGUGGUUAUACUCGACAUACAAGCCAAAGAGGCCCUUCCUCAGGCCUUUGGCAUGCUACUCUUUUGCGAAGGCAUCACCAAGGCCAUUUUUCCACCCUUAGCUGGAUGUGUGGCGGCUUAUUUUGGCGAUCCAAGGAUUACUUUCUGGUGUGGCGGAUUGGGAUUCCUGGCCACGGUCUUCUGUUGUGGAAUAUCGUACGCGAUUUUUCGGUGCAAGGAUAAGGAUAAGGAUACAGAUAGCAGGAUAGAGACUUUUCUCUGAAACUAUAUCUGAAAUUGGAUGUAUGUAUGUUCCCUUGUAAAGAAAUAAAUAGACGAGUUUUCA